UGACCUGACAUACACCAAAGCAAAUUGGCAGCUAAAAACUCGAAUUAAACUAAAAUGAUGGAUGAGCAGCUAAUUGACGAGGUGGCGCAGCAUGGGGUGAUCUAUAACCGGCAGAAGUACUAUCUGAACGGUGGCGCCAAUGGCGGCAAAUACGAGACGAAGGACGAAGCCUGGCAGCUGAUUGCGAUGAAGCUGCGCACUGACGUGGAUACGUGUAAGAAGCGGUGGAAGUAUCUACGCGAGCGGUAUGUCUCCCAGCGAAAACAGGGUGAUCCCCCUGUCUACGAACACCUGUCGCGUCCUUACCUAGAAAAGAUGAAGUUUCUGGACCAGCACAUCCAACCGCGAAAGUCCUACCGUCAUGUGCCGAACUUCCUAACAUCUCCACAAUCUGCCAACAGCUCUAGCUACAACGAAUACCAAGUAGAUAAGUCGAAUGGCUCUAUGAAGAAUGUGACCCAGUUCGGCAGCUCGGGUCAGAGUCACCACUACCACCAGCCGGAUCAGCAGCAUGCCAUGAGUGCCCUAAGUACCGCCGCUGCUUCCGCUUUGGAAAACGUCAAUGGCCAGGUUAAGAUCGAGGCGGAUCAGGUGUUUAGGGACUUCGCAGCAGCCGUUGCUUCACAGCAGCUGCAGCACAUAUCACAAUCACAAAUGCAGCAGCAGGCUGCGGCCGUGGCAGCUGUAAUGGCCGACUCCUCGCAGGGAUAUCAGGACCAGUACAAGGAUAGCUCUGUAGGCGUGAACGGAACCCAGAACAGUGCUGGUAGCCUGACCUCCACCUCGUCUUCGAUGAAAUCGCCGCUGUCGUCGCCACUGCAAGGAAUGGGAGCGGGCACCCAUAAUCCACAGCAGCAGCAUCAACAACAACAACAACAACAGCAGCAACAAUCGCAGCAACAGUCGCCGGCAUCUGGUCAGCAGCUUCCGGUAGUACAUUCCUCUUCUAGUGCCGCAGGCGGUUCCAUUAGCAACAGUUCCAACCUACAGAUGCAACAGUCACACGUCUACAACCCCAAGGGCGAUGAUUUGGACUCUUCUGCAUCCAGCAAUUUCCAUAUGAAGAAACCCCGUGUCCAGCUCAAUGGCAGUGCCCACAACCAGAUCAGCAGCAAUGGCAGUCACUUCGGUAAUGACUCCGAUGACGAUUCCGAUGACAAUAGCCAUGAUUUGAUGGAGCCGCAGGUUUUGAUGCAGCAGGAGAAUCACUAUAGCAAUUCGAUGAACAUGCAGCGUGGCAAUGGUAAUGGGAAUAACACUAGCAGUAAUAUUGGGAGCAACAAUACCAGCGGCAAUAAUAGCCAUAGCAAUCAGCAGCAGCAACAGCACCAGAAUAUGUUUCCGUCGAACACGGACUUCCUUUUCCAGUUAUAUCAGCAACUUCCACACCAGGCCAGCAGUUCGCAUCCCUCAAACUUCGGGAAAUUCCAGCCGCCGCCCAAUCAUCCGGGCGUGCAACGAUUGUCGGAGCAUCUUCUGGGAGAAUUGGUCACCUCGGAGCUGCUUAAGAUGAAUAAGGAACGGAAGAAAAGUGCACAAAAGCGAAUACUAGAAAUACUCUUCUUCGACGAUUAAAGGGCUAGCUAUUAAGUUUCUGUAAAUAUUGUAAUUUAUAAUCCAUAACUUAUGUUAGUUGUUAGAUAUGAAAUGGUUUAUCUAGAUUAUUGAGUCGCAUUGGUCCAAAAUCCCACCACAAAGGCAUUUGCAAAGCUGUCCUUCCGGACACUUUUCAAACUGUGCUAGUCAAGACCAGCAAUAAGGAUGGCCCAAAUGAGAUUCUGUAUCUGAAUUAAUUUAUAUAUGUAUGUACGCAUUAAGUAUGUAAUGAAUGGUUUAAAUUUAUUUAGAAAGUGUUAAUUAAACUGUACGCAACGGAAA